UGUCGUCUCAGAUCGGUGAUAGGCUAGUGAUGUCUAACCGGAGCCAAAAUGGCAGCGUUGUUUUAUUUCCAAACAUCAUCUGUACUCAAACGACUUAUUCAACCAGGCAUCUAAUCAUUUUUGUUACAUAAUAUUCUCGCUAUUUUCAUAUGUACGUUCGUUUUGAGGAUGUUUGUUGUAUGUGGUCGUUGAUCUAGAGAGCAGCGGGUCCGUGAAUGACAAGACCCGGCCCGUUCAGUCUUGUGUUUUUCCAAAUUCUGCUCUUUCAGCAUUGUCGACAAUGAGAGCUCUCCUACAAUAGUUGCUGCAAAUGAGAAUGGAGGAUAUGUCUCUGUCAGGCCUGGAUAACACCAAGCUAGAGGCCCUGGCUCAUGACAUUUACUCGGAUCUAGUGGAAGAUGCCUGUUUAGGGCUGUGCUUUGAGGUGCACAGGGCGGUCAAACAGGGCUAUUUCUUCCUGGAUGAAACGGACCAAGAGAGUAUGAAGGAUUUUGAAAUAGUGGACCAGCCUGGUGUGGACAUCUUUGGGCAGGUGUACAACCAGUGGAAGAAUAAGGAGUGUGUGUGUCCCAACUGCAACCGGAGUAUUGCAGCUUCUCGCUUCGCUCCUCAUCUGGAGAAGUGUCUCGGCAUGGGCCGCAACAGCAGCCGAAUAGCCAACCGCAGAAUAGCCAGCAGUAACAACACAAGCAAGUCAGAAAGCGAUCAGGAAGACAAUGAUGAUAUCAAUGACAAUGACUGGUCAUACGGUUCAGAAAAGAAAGCCAAGAAGAGAAAGUCAGAAAAGAAUCCAAACUCUCCCAGGAGAUCCAAAUCCCUAAAGCACAAGAACGGAGAGCUCAGCAGUAAUGUCAAUCCAGACUUAUAUAAGUAUAACUACAGCUCUGGCAUCAGUUACGAGACUUUGGGACCUGAGGAUCUGCGCUCCAUACUGACUACGCAAUGUGGGGUCGUAUCAGAGCACACAAAGAAGAUGUGUACUCGGUCCCAGCGGUGUCCCCAGCACACGGACGAACAGAGGAGGGCAGUCAGGGUCUUCCUCCUUGGGCCGUCCGCGUCGACGCUGCCCGACUCUGAAACAAUGCUGGAAAACGACGGCUAUGAUGCCCCUGAUGGCCAGCUAAUAAUGUCUCGCCUCCAGUGGGACGGCUCCUCUGAUAUCUCGCCAUCAGACUCUGCAUCUUCAAAAGCCAGCACCAAUAACUCUGAGUCUAAGAGGCCUAAGAAAAAGAAAAAGCCCAGUACACUGACUCUGACUACCACUGGAGGUGGAGGAGAGCGGGACAAAGGGCAGGAGCGAGAGCGAGGAGACCGAGAGAGAGCAGUAGGCAGUGGGAGCGGGAGCAGCAGUUCCCAGAACCCACAGGGCCUGUCCAUUCGGAAAAAGCGACCAAAACUGCCCAUUCCCCCAAUUCCUAGCAUCUACGAUGACCUGAACUGAGGAACAGGCAACAUAUUUACACACAGAGUUUGUGAUCAUAGCUUUGAUGAGUUCUUAUGUGAUCUCCGGUCUCCACCAUUUCAAGGUUUAUGAACCAGAUGAGACGCCUCUCUGUUGAAUGUGUGUAAGAGAGAAAAUAUCUGAGGACCAUUUCAGACAUUUGCAUCUGGGGCACAAGAGAGUGCAUUUGUUAUGGCACAGUGUUGCACAGUGAAAAGUGAGUGUUUUUGUGAUUUUUUUCUUUUUAAUAUAUUUUUUUAUGUGGAUGUGAGCUGGAGCAAGCAUUUGUUUUUAUUUUACUAUGCAGCUCACUGUCAUUGUGUUACUGCUUACUCGUGUGUGUGUGUGUGUGUGUGUGUGUAUACACAUGAGGUAUGGUUUACAGUGACUCUGAAAAUGUGACAUGGUGUGCAUGGUGAAUUUUGGACAGAUUGUAUGAAUGUGAAUGGGAUGUUGCAAAAAUGUUGUUCCCUGGUGGCUCUUGUUUUACUGUCGGUUCAUCUGUGCAAUGUCCUCUACUGGUUUUAAAGGGUAUCUCUCUUUCAUAUCGUCUCCCUAAUGAUACUGCAACCUGUUGAUCUCUUCUCAGCUGCUUUCUGCAAGCGAAACUACUAUUCAUACUCUGCUAAAUAAUGGACUUGCAUAGUUAGUGCCAGUGACAGCUUUCUGCCAAAUCUGUGGAUACACAAUCUUUUGCCUUUUGUGUCUCUUUUGAAGUUAAUAUUCUUUUUGUUGUCAUGGCUAAUAUUCCUUGUCUGAUACUCUAUUUAUUUAGUGUCAAUGUAUUUUUUUUUAUUAUUAUUUUAAAAUCAUGGCUUUUUGACUGCUUUAUCUGUUACAUAUGCAUUUUCUCUGAAUACAAAGUUGUACAAAGAGUACAAAGUCUCUGAAUAUAAAUGGCUGAAGAGUUCAGUGAGCCUUUAUAGCACUUAUGUUUGAUGUCAGCUUGCUUUGUAUAAAAUAUGUUUGGUUAAAAAAAAAAUCUGAAAUGAAAAUAGCAAUUGAAGAUGCACUUAAAUGGAUAAAAUCCAGCCCUCAUAGGCGCUUUUUUGUCUGUCUUUUCAGUAAAAAAAAAUUGUCAUUGAGCUGUCAUUUGUGAAUUUUGUUGCUGAACAUUUAAAUGAUCUGAGAGUUUCUCUGAAUGUGAAUUCAAAUGUCUGCAUGAUGGAAAAAAAAAAAAAACUUGGUACAACUUCUGAUAUACCAUUGCUGUGGGUGGAUGUUUCUUCUAUGAUGCUCAGUUAUUGCUCUGAUUCUCAGUGAACUGUAGUAGCUCUGUAAUAGUCUAAAUAAACAUUUCUCAGGA